AUGGGUUUAUUUGACAGCGUUAAGAAUCAAGUUGGUGAAGAAAACUUCAGUAAAAUCCAAGGUGCUUUAGGUGGCUCUGGUGAUAAAAAAAGUGGUGAACAAACUGACUAUGUUAAAAAAGCUGAAGGUUACAUUGGUGAAGAUAGAUUAAAACAAAUCAAAGACAAAGUUGGUGAAGAUAACUAUAAAAAAGGUGAAGAUGCCAUUAGAAAACAAUUCGGUGGUUCAUCAUCAGAAGCUGAAAAAAAAACUGAAGAAAUGUUGAACUAG